AUGAAAUGGGCAAGCUUCUUGAGGUUCCUGGGAAUAUCAUCAAGCACGGGAGAAACAUACCCAGACGGAAACUAUUUGAGCACCCUAAACAACAAAGAGGUGACGAUAUACAACACUUCGCAGCCAACGUACAGGCUCAUAUACGAUCACCAUGUGACAGGCGUGCGCCUGCUGAACCUGCAGGCCAUAAAGAAGAACAAGCAGCACAUAAAUGCCAUUAUGGUGCUUUCAAAGACCUCGGGCGAAAACGAGUAUAAAAUACUCAUAAAGCCAGGCAGCCAGCCGGCCUCGCUGAAAAACAAAAGACAGAAGAUUCUGUGCGCAAGCAAAAGCGACUACAUGAUAAGAGCGUGCAACGCAGACACAAACACAAGCUCCUACACUCUCACGUGGAGAAUUAAGCCGUUCGUGAAUGGGUACAAAAUCAAAGACAGCGACUCCGGCUCGUGCCUGGUCAGGUCAACGGACAACGGUGUGCUGAAGCUGGAGUCGUGCGGAAACAGCACAGUAGAGCACCGAUUUGACAUGAUUGAAGUUGCAGACGAUCCGUACAAGGCGCUCUAUCUGUCGCCCGGCCAGCUUCUGGAGUACGAAAUGAGAAGCGGGGGCGGGGGAAAUCUUCCUUCUUGGAUGACAGACGGGUCCGCAGGAGCAGACCCCAGCGAAAGCGACAGAAAUAACAACAGAGGCGACGGCUUAGACGGAUAUGGAAAUGGAGGAUAUUGGCAGAACCCGCACGGGACAAGCCCCUCUUGGGACUAUAACAGACAGCCCUGGAAUGGGCCAAGAGACCCGCACGACGGCCUUUCCGGGCCAAAUAAUCAGCCCUGGAUGGGUGGACAUGGCAACGGAAAUGGUUGGAGUAACAAUGGAAACGGAAACGGCUGGGGUAACAAUGGAAAUGGUUGGAAUAACAACGGAAACGGCCAUGGAAACGGCUGGGGCAAUGGAAACGGAAAUGGUUGGAGUAACAAUGGAAAUGGCAAUGGAAACGGUUGGGGCAAUGGCAACGGCAACGGCUGGGGCCACAACGGAAAUGGAAAUGGCUGGGGCAAUAAUGGCAAUGGCUGGGGAAAUGGAAACGGCCAUGGAAAUGGUUGGGGCAAUGGAAAUGGAAAUGGUUGGAGUAACAAUGGAAAUGGCCAUGGUAACGGCUGGGGCAGCGGCGGAGGAAAUGGAAAUGGCUGGGGUAACAAUGGAAACGGCGGCGGAAUGAACAAUGGGCCCGGGUGGGGAAACGGCCUUAACGGGCUUAUUGGUGGAAGACCUGGCGCAGUAGGCCGGCACGUGAUAAACCUUCGAGACUUAGGAAACAACAUUGAAAGCCUUAAAGACAUAGUUAAAACUCUGAAGUCUUUCUGCAAUGAAACAUUCAGCGAACUGGGCCUGUGCGGGCAAACGUCAGAUUCCAUGUCAAACAUGAGCCCGCAGCAGCUGCAGGACAUGAUUAUGAAGCACGUGCAACAGGCCGGAAUGCAGGGGGCCCCAGGAUUUGGAGAUUCCUCGUAUGGAGGCAGAGGGCACAUGCGCCACGACCAAAGAAGGCACGGACCGCCAGACGAUGGCUAUCACGACAGAGGUCACCCACACGACAGAGAUUAUCCCGAAAGAGGCCACUAUUCUGACAGAGGCCAUCCACACGACAGAGAUUAUCCCGAAAGAGGGCACUAUUCUGACAGAGGGCAUAGAGACCGCCCGAGUAGAGGGCAUAUGGGCCACGGCCCCAGAAGACGAAGGUCGCUGGACGACGGCUACCCUGAAAGAGGCUACCAUUCAGACAGAAGAAGGCGCCCGCAAAGAAACGAGUACUGCAUAGACCCAGAAGAGGACAGAGACUAUCCAUACAGAUCCCGGAGGCCCUCUUUGAAGAGAGACAAAGAAGGAAGAACUCUUGAAUGCUACCCUGUGGGCACUUCCGAGGGGCGCCUGCACAGACAUGGCGAACACAUUCCCGAGGAAAGGCGCCACUCAAGAGACAGAUACGACGACUACGACCAUGCGCCGCACCCAAGGCACAGAGAAUACCCCGGUUCACUUACCAAAAGACACACUCCAUACGACUACUAG